AUGAGCAGUUUUCAAUUAGAAAAAUUAUAUGAUUAUACAGAAUUUCUGCAAGCAGAAGAUAAAAGUAAGUGGAUAUUAAGUUCUAAUACAAAAAAAGCAGAGAAAAGAAGCAACAUAGUGUGCUUAAUAAGACAAGGAAGUAGCCAAAAUAAUUAUAGUACAGAAAAACUUAAAGACAAAAAGGUUCAUAAUCUCCUAUUUGCCAAAGAAAAAAUUUUGCAGAAAAGCAAUGAAGAGAAGAUCUGUAUAAAUAUAGCAGAAACUUCUAAACCAGGUCAUAUAGUACUACUAGUAUAUAUGAUGAUGGCAAGUAUAGUAAAGAAUAUAUAA